UAUAUAUAAAUGACAAUAUUUUAACAUAGAAACCUAUACGUAAUUAUUCAAUACAUUUAAUUUGUAAUGAAAUGAUUAAGUGAUAUGAAAAUAAUUCAAAUUAUCAAUUGAUUUGAUUACGCUUUCAUUUAUGAAUUUAAGCCACAACUCUUCUCAUAUCAGGCAAUAAUUAGUCUCAGAAUCGAUUUGUAAGAAAAAUAUAUAAAUUUGAGGGUAGACGCACAACGUCCUGUAACGUGUUAGCAUCUAAAGUUUGAGUGGAUUGUGAAAUGAUAGUUUGCACUUUGCUGUUUUUUUCUCAAUUAUAACUAAUUCAUUAAAAUAAAAUGUUUGGACCGUCAUUAUUCCGUACAUUAAUAUUUGGUAGUGGUUCAAUAUUAAGCGGCGUCACUGAAAAGAUUAUCAAGUUAACCGAAUUAGUGAGCGUCCCACAGAGUGAAACUAUUAACGAGGUGUUGUUUUACGGAUCGGAGUAUGAAGAGAAGAAGAAACAGCUGGGAUUAAAUAAUCUAUUCUGCAUUUACUACGUCAUAAUCCAGGCGAGCUUCACGAUCGACGUCUGUGUACCGAGCCUUACAAGCGACACUAUAUCGAAAUGCCUCAUUAACGUUCAAAAAAAGAACAAAGUCAAAAUUCGGAUAGUCGUACACAAUGAACAUGAUGCGUCGCCGGAACAGGAGGCCAUUGCGGUCAUAGGUUCGCUAGAUUACGAAGUUGCUAGAGUCAAUUCUAACAGAGACACGACGAUUAUUACAUCUGAACCUAUAGUUAUUGAGGCUUUGAAGAGAGAGUUCGAUAGGGUUUGGAUCUCAUCAGAUACUUGAGGAGGAGAUAAACGGGACUAC